AUUGUAGAGUUGCAAGUGGGAAGGUUUGAAGACGAUACACAGAGUGCGUGUUUACAUUCUCAUCGUAAAUAUUUCGUUAAAAUCAUAGACAACAACCGAUUCACCCGUUUCUGUAACUACAAUGGAUGCUAAAGAGGACACCAGCUCUGGAAGUGUAAAUGCACAACACGAUACAUCGGACAGUGGCAUCACCACCAUCAUCGCUGUUGAAAACUUGAGUGAAGCCCUGAACAAUGCUGAGAUCAUCGAAUCAUUCAGCUUCUGGGAUGAAGGUAGUAGCCCACCACCGAGUAACCUAGUUCCUAUGGUCACAAUGGAUGAAAGUUCGUCCUCUAGCAAUGAUAUGGAACCGAUGGAAUUAGAUGUGUUGGAACGUGACUUGCUGGUAGAUGCUAAAGAGUCAGAGCUAACAAAUCGUUUUCUGAAUGGGGAAUUGACAUUUAGUCAGUACGCGAGUUUGAUGGGCGGCGAUGAGGACGACGAUGGUGACGACGACGAUGUUAUUGAUGGUUACAGUACUGUACAAGACCGCCCAGACGAAUCAAUCCAGCCUAAACCUUCAAGUGCAGCAGUUAAAGAAUUUGAAGAACUAGCAGCUGGACCGUCACAGAGGCAGAGGAAAUCAACUACGGAAAAGACCAAACGUGUCAGACGGCACCUACCUCCCGCCCUGAAGGGAUUGAUGGGUGAGGCAAACUUAAGGUAUGCUCGAGGCGAUCACGAGAUGGCCAUUAAAAUGUGCCUUGAGAUAAUAAGGCAGGUGCCGACAGCCCCCGAGCCUUUCCACACGCUCGCGGUGUUGUAUGAGGAGAAGGGCUACCCGGAGAAAUCCUUACAGUUUGCACUGAUUGCGGCCCACCUGAACCCAAACGAUGUAGACCAAUGGGUACGCCUAGCUGAAAUCUCUGAAGAGCAGGGCAACCUGAGGCAAGCGGCAACCUGCUACUCCAAGGCCAUUGCAGCUGAUUCGGCCAAUACGGAAGAGCACAUGGUCAGUAUAUACAUGAAACGCUGGGAGCUCCUGGACAAGGUGGGUGAAACGAAGGCUGGGCUCAGGGGCCUCAUCAGGCUGAUGACACUCCUCCGUCAUGACCAGGGUCUGGUCCUGUUCCACAUAGCGAAGAUUGUGGCCACAAAGUACCACGAGCGCAAUGAACUGGUCCGUGCGAAGGAAGUUAUGGACAUCGCAUUUUCCAAAAGUCCUCAGUCUGUCACUACAGAAGAUGUCAAUUUGAUGUUGGAACUUCUCUUGAGCCUGAAACACUACCAGGAAUGCAUCAACAUCCUCGUUCAGUAUUGUGGAGUGGAAGUGGAAGCAAUAUCUGAGAAUCAGGCGUCUGGCCAAGAACCAGUUUUGAAGAUAAUUUCGUGCAAUAUCCCGGAGACACUGGUGAUUGACCUCAAAGUUAAAGUUAUAGUCGUACUAAUCCAUAUGAAAACGUUUCACCUGAUUGACGAGUUGCUGAACUUGCUCCUGAAUGGGCAAAGCCCAGAGCAGUCGGGCGACCUGUACCUUGACGUAGCGGAGGCCCUGAUGUCGGAAGGCGAGCACCGUGAAGCUCUGCGUCUAUUAGAACCUCUUACAGAGACAGAAAACUACAGCCUGCCUGCGGUGUGGCUGCGGCAUGCAGAGUGCUUAAAGCAGUGCGGCCGAACCGAGGAGGCAAUUGCUGCGUACAAGCAGGUGGUCACACAGGCGCCUCAGCACCUGGACGCGCGGCUGACACUUUCGGACCUUCUGAAAGCCGUGGGCCGUGAGGAGGAGGCACUCGUGGUUCUCACACAGGAUGAAGAGUCGGAAGUACUGGAACCAGGACUGCUGUAUGAGCGGUGCUUGCUUCUGAAAGAUGCUGAGGGUAAAACCGAAGAAUUCCUGGCUGUAGGUCAGCUUUUGCUGUCCAGGCACUGGACGCGGAUCAGGAACCGUGAGGAAAUGUACGCACUCACCCGAAUGAGGAGGUUUACAAAGAAACGCGACGCGCUCAGGGAAAUACGUGCCAGCCGUGGAGAGCCAUCCCAUGACCCUGACGCUCCGGACUUCCAUUCUGGCAAAGGAGAACCGUCGGUACAAGAAGAGUGGGCACUCUUCAAAGAAAUGUGCAACACGUGUAUGCAACUUGAGCGGUUCAAUCUCCUGCAGAGACUGACAUUUUCGGCGCUGGGCUCAAAGAAGUUGACAUCCAAUCCAGAAAUGUUACGGGAGCUCGAGUUCAUGUGCCUGUUGGCGUGCUUCUACAAUGCCGACGCAUACUACGGCUACAAUUUGGCGAGAGAUAAUGUGUUGAAAGACUCCUCCAAACCCAGGAUUUGGAAUUUGUUCAACUUGGUCAUCCAGCGUGCUGAUGACGUGCGUCACAAUAGGUUCCUCAUGAGGCUUCUUGCGAGGCAACCCAACCACGAGGCCCUCACCCUCUUGCACGCCAACAACUGCCUCGUGGCGGGGACGUACAAGUACGCCCUGAGUGAGUACACCACAGCUUACCGUGCCAGGCCGUCAGCAAUGACUGCGUUCCUUGUCGGAGUGACACUUAUUCAGGUCGCGUGUCAAAAGUUUUCGGCAAAAAAACAUGCACUUGUCGUCCAGGGGCUGUCAUUUAUGAGUCUGUACAGGAAAUACCGUGGUCAGGAGGGUUUCCAAGAAGUGUCCUACAAUUUAGGUCGAGCUUUCCACCAGUUGGGCCUGUUACCUGCUGCUAUAUUUAACUACCGUAAUGCGCUGGAGUGUAAUGUCUCACCAUUAAUUGAGCAGUCGCCGAAACGAUUGAACCUUCAAAGAGAGGCGGCAUUCAAUUUGUAUUUAAUUUACCACAGUUCAGGUUCCAGUGACAUUGCAAGGAGCUACCUUGAAAAGUAUAUUGUUGUCUAAUACUAAGGAUUAUCUUUAAAAUAUUUACAUUCAUAGUAUGUAAUCGAAUAUAGAGAAAAAUGAAAAUGAUGGGAGCUGCAGCAGCUUGCAAGUUUACUAUAAACUGGCUGAGUACCCAUUGUUGCCCGGGUAUGUAUUCUAGUCCUGUACGUCCAUUUCCUCCUUCCCUCUCUGUCCAUCUCCUCAUCUCCUCUCUCUGUGUCCAUCUCCUCUCCCCUCUCUCUGUCCAUCUCAUCCUCUUUCCCUUCUUUACCCAUUUCCUACUCUCCUCUAUUUGUACACCUUCUCCUUAUCCUCCUCCCUAUAUCUGGGUCCUUCUCCUUUGGAUACUCUCUGCAAAAUUUGUAGUAUUGAGGAUGUAAUAAAUUAAAAUGUCAUGCAUGACGCAGCAUUUUUUCAUGCAUCUUAGUGUUAAUGAUGUCAUGUCUCUUGAAACAUGUGGUGGUCAGUGAUAUAAUUAUGUAUGUACAUUUAGCAAAAUAUGAGGAUAUCUCUGCAAUUAGGGAACUGGGGAAAGUUUGGAAAAAUCGGUAGCCUUGGGUCAAGGGAGACUCCUCAGACGAAAUGAGGAGCAGAGAGAGAUUGUUGCAAAUACCAUCAGAUGAGAUUUUAAAAUCUGAGACUCUAAGGGUAGAAGAUAUGGUAAUACUCAAAGACUGAGAUUACUGGUAAAACUUUAGGCAUGAGUAAAUAAGAGUGGAAAGCUAACUGUGCUGUAUGUGGUAGGGGUGGAGAAAAUAUAGACAGGUGGGAAACUAUAGGAUAUAGAAAACUAUGAGAGAGUUGUUCAUUGCCAGUAUACACCUUUUGCCUACGUCUAUUCGUCCCAGCCGUUAACUUGAUGUAGUCAUGCCAAUGUAAAUGGCCAAACAUUGUUUACAUGACAUGUUGGUUGUUUCACUGAUGGUUCUUCCUUUGAAAGUAUAUGUUUUGCCAAUUACAGAGCUGGUACAGGUGGUGGUAGGAGGGUGGAUAGGACAAAUCUUACAGUCACAGGGGUAGGAGUCACAGGGUAGGGAAAUGGGUGGAAAAGGUGUAGAGAGUCUGACAGUGAUAUUGCGGAGAUUGGGAAGGUGACAAAAAGCUAUUCUAAAUGUUGUGGGAAAAAGUGUCAGACAGAAUGGAAUUCAUUUCAGGCCGUGUUCUUAGGAAGUCCUAGCCUUGUUGAAGUAACUGAUUAAUGCAUUCCGGACCUGGAUAAUACUGAGAGACAGGAGGUGUAUGGCUAAGAUGUUUUUCGGAGGUAUCAGUAUUGGAUAUGGGAAAUGUGCUAAUGGACUAGGGCUGGUGAGGUAAUUAAGUCCAGUGAAGGCUGUGGUAAGAAUGGUUACGUAUUGCUUUAAAGAGUCCUGAACAAAUACAUUUGCAUCAGAUUCAAAGGUUCUGCGGAAAGGAGUAUCUGACACAGAAAGGAUGGUGACUGUCAAAAUGUAAGUAUAGUUGUUUGUUAGUAGACUUAAUAGAAACCGAACUGUGUAGCUGAUGCUCAGUGAGGAUCGGAUCAACAUCAAGGAAAGUGGCAUGGGAUUCCGGAUAGGACCAUGUGAUAUACUGGGAGAAUGUAUUUAUAGAUUCCAAGAAUUUUAACUGGCCGGCCUCAUGAGGAGACAAUAAGCCAAAGAUAUCACAGGCUGAAGGCUUAUGGAUCCCAGGAAAGCCUCUUCUAGCGAACCAUGAAAAGGGUGGCAUAUGAGGAGCCAUCCUGGUUCACAUGGCCAUGCUCAUGAGCUGUUUCUCUGUCUGCUUUGUCAGAGGUGAAGUAAAUGUUGGUAAGCAUAAAGUUCAUGAAAGUGAGCAGGAAGGAAGUCGUAGGUUUGGAAUCGGGUGGGCACUGUUUGAGGAAAGUUCAGCAAUGGGCAGACCAUGUACGUGGAUAAUGUUGGUAUCACCAUCCCACUUCCACUACACACCUUGCUUGUCACCAUUGGUGUCACCUCCCUCAAUACCGUCAUCAGCUUCAGCAGGUAUAUUAGAAAAGUGUAUAAUCAUAUUUGAAUCACCCUAUGCGAAAGAGCUUGAGUCCAUUAUUCAUAGUUUUGAUAACUGGGGGAAAAAAUAUCUGGACACUCUUAUAGGAAUACAAAGGUGAAGGAAAAAUUCACUAUUAUUUUUUAUUUACUCGAUCGGCAUUUACAAGGCGAAAUAUUAAAUUUGAACAUUACAGCAUUAAAAAUGAGACAUUCAGCUUUACCUAAUUACAUAAUACAAAAUACAAAGUUUUAUAUUAUAUGACUUAUUUUUUUUAGCCAUUCAAUGGCAUUGUCCGUGAGAUUAUGUAUAUCCUCCAGUUCACCAUUAAAACCAUGCACAGUACACUUGAUCAAGUGGGCCAUUGAUUGAUUGAGUCCACAUUCGCACUGAGGGUCGUUCGCGAGGCCCCAUGUUGUCAUCAUCUCCCUGCAUCUUCCGACACCCGUCCUCACACGGUUCAGCGUAGUCCACACUCUUCUGGGAAGCUUAAAGCCCUCUAUUUGUAUGCUUGGGUCAGUAACUAGUUUUUUGUUCUUUACUGCGCUUCUACUCCAUAAACUUUUCCAUUCAUUUUCUGGGUCGAAGGGAAACACCUCUUCACCUAUUUGCCAUAGAGGUGACCUCGAUCUCAGGCGGUUUUUUGGUGUCAGGUCCUGAUGUAUGGGUAGGUUUGGAUUUGCCAGUAUUUUGCUAUAUUCUCUUGACAGCAGCUGAUUUCUUCUGAUUUCAGGUGGUGCUAUGUUGGACAGUACGGGUAGCCAAUCUAUAGGGGUAGGUUUAAGUGCUCCCGAUAUUAUUCUCAUUGUUUCUUUAAGCUGGAUAUCGAUUUUUGAUACAUGCACACUUCUGGCCCAUACAGGUGCACAAUACUCGGCCACGCUGUAUACCAGUGCCAAGGCAGAAGUUCUCAAGGUAUUUGCAUCACAUCCCCAAGUGGUUCCGGUGAGUUUAGCUAGAAUGGCAUUUCUAGUUUUCAGUUUUUGUUUUGUGUCCUCUAGAUGGGCUCUGUACGUUAGGGAUCGGUCGAGCUUCACUCCAAGGUACCGAGGAUUGUCUUCAUGUCUAAUGGUCUGGUUAUUCAUGCAGAUGUUCAGCUUUCUCUUGGCUGCUCUGUUAUUGAGAUGCAUGUUUACACUUACUGUCUUGUCUGGAUUUGGUUGGAGAUGCCAUUUGGUGUAGUAUAGGUGCAGCAGGUUUAGGUCUUCGUUCAAUUUCCGCUCUAUUGUUUCAAAAUAUUUGCUUUGAUAAGCUAUUGCCAUAUCGUCCGCGUAUAUAAACUUACGGGACGCUGUUUCUGGGAUAUCCGCAGUGUACAAGUUAAACAAUAAGGGGGCCAGUACCGAGCCCUGUGGGAGUCCGUUGUUGAGCGCUACGCAUCUGCUGGUUCUGCCAUUAAGAGUAACUCUAAUUUUUCUUCCAGUUAGAAUGUUCUUCAUAAGAUUAUAGGUCUGGCUGCUCUGAGUUUUUUCCAUCAGUUUAUAAAGUAGGCCAUCCCUCCACACUGUAUCGUAUGCUGAGGUUAGAUCCAAAAGGACAACGUCAGUGUUCUUCUUAUCCUGAUAACCCUUUUCGAUAAAGGUUGUGAGGGCAAGGACUUGAUCACAACAAUUUCUUUUAGACCUAAAACCUGCUUGCUCCUUUGGCAGGGAGGGUUCUAUAUAUGGGGAGAGUCUGGUCAUCAGAAUUCUCUCAAAUAAUUUAUAUACAGUGCAUAAAAGAGAAAUUGGUCUAAAAUGUUUGGGGUUUUCUCCAGUCUUCCCUGGUUUCAGGACAGUGACUACCUUGGCUUCUUUCCAUGUAGAAGGUAGUUUGUUCUGCUUGAUGCACUGAGAGAAGAGUUUUGCUAGCCAGUUUCUUCCUGCUGGUCCUAGAUUUUUAAGGAAUUCUGGUAGGAUUCCAUCUACUCCUGCUGCUUUGCCAGCUUUCACUACUUUCAGUGCGUUAUUGAUCUCUUGAAACUCUACAUCUUUUAUCAGAUCUGUGUUCUCUUGUUUGUUCUUCAUUACCUCUUUUAUCAUAUGAUCGAAGUCCUUCUUUUCAGAUGUUCUUAGAUGGAUUUUCGAGGUUUGUUUUAUGUGCAGCGCUAUCUGGGUGGGUGUCAUUCUCGUCUGUGGUCUGUGUAGGGUUGUAGCUCCUCCUAAUCUUCUUAGCAGACUCCAGCUCUUGCGGCUAGAAUGGGUGAAAUCCAUGCUCUCCAUCGUUUCCAUCCACCUACACCUGCGUUCUUCGUUCAUUGUUUGAACUAGUUGUUCCGCGACCUCAUAGUUUUCUGUCUCCUGGUAUUCUUCCAAUAAUGAUUCACACUCUCACGUCCAGCACGGAGUGUAUUCUUUCCUCGCACCGCGUGGGAUGCUUUUCAGUGCAGAUUUAUAUAUCAGAGUAGUGAACCGCUCAUAGUUCUCUGGUAUAGGUGGAAUACGGUUCACUGUUCUCUCUGUAAGCGUCCGAAAUGUCUCCCAGUCAGCAUGUUUUAGAUUCCAUCUUGGGAUUGGAGGGCUUUGUAUGACAGGAAUUGACAGUCCCACUUCGACGAUCACAGGUCGGUGUUGGCUUCUAGGGAACUUUGGUAAUAACCCUUCUUUGCGCUUGGAGCACGUCUCCUGUUGCUCCCGUUGUAACGAAUGUAAGGUCAGGUGUUGUUUGUGAUCCCCAUGCUGCUGAUGAAAAGGUCGCUCGGUCUUUUGGAUCGUACAGGAAAUGGAGAUCUCUUCCUUCAGCCCAGUUACUCAGUCUUUCGCCUUCUGUAUUGCAUUCUGAAUAACUCCAUUUAGUGUGAUGCGAAUUGAAAUCGCCAGCAUACACAGGUGGGUGUUCGGCUUUUGGCAGUAUAUCCAGUGGCCAGAGUUCAGAUGGAGGUUUGUACACAUUGAAGAGAGUUAGGUCUUUCACUUUGAUUCCUAUGGCAUGUUCCGGUUGUUCUAGGUCUGUAUUCACAUUUCCUGUAAGAUUCUGUUGGACCAGGGCUGCUAGGCCAUGUUUGUCAUGUCCCUUAUAUUCAACCAAAGAAAAACCAGGGAUUUUAAGUGUCGAAAUCGUUUCCUUCGUCAGAUGUGUUUCUUGUAAAAACACUACAUUUACUCCUUCCCUUACUAAGAUUUUUUUCCAGGAUUUCUCCUUUCGUCUUCGUGUAUCCUUCUAUAUUGAGAUGGCAUAUACAUAAUCUCUUAAUGUCCCGCUUGUUCCCGCCGGGGCGGGCUCUCCUACUUCUCGUUCGCCUUUGCUUGGACCGGGAGGCACUCGUGCGUUCGGUCGCCGUUUUUGUGUAGAUUCUUCGCCGCUGAGUCAUGACGCAGCGUUGCCCAGGGUGCACCAUCGGGGAGGUGAUCUACACUUCGCACCAAAAAAAAAUAAAUAAAUAAAUAAAUAAA